AUGGAAGCACAUCUGUCUUGUUUAUUAACAGGUGAAGCCGCUCAGUGUCUUUGGGACCUGACAGGGCUAAGAUACCACGAGUUGAUGUCAAAGCUCGAGGAUCGUUUCGGGACGAGAGGUCACGAAGAAUCGUACAGACACAAACUGCACAUUCUUCGUAGGAAGCAUGCCAAAUCCCUCGGUGAAUUGGCACAAGUGACCAAACGCUUGAUGUGUGGAAAGCCGGGUCACUUUUCAAGGGAGUGCCCGCAAGGCAAAGGUGUCAACAAGGACGUGGGUCGAUUGAACCAAUCGACAUGCAGCAGUGGCCAAGCCAUUUACUUGCCAAUCUGUGUAGAUGGUAAAAGAAAACUGGGUUUGCUGGAUAGUGGCAGCAGCGUCUCAAUCCUCCCAACGUCGAUGAUUGAACUGCUGAUCGAGGUUGGCAAACACUCCAGGCCAGCAUUAUUUUUGGUUUCGGACAGUGUAUCUGAAAUCUUGCUGGGUUUGGAUUGGUUGAAACUCAACGACGUUUUGUGGAAGUUCGGGCAGACGAAAAUCACUAUUGGGAAGGACUCAGCAGCAGUGGGGCUGGUUACCAAAGAUGUUGGUGUGAACCGGAUGUGCCGAAUAGAAUCCAACAGGGAGGUAGAAAUUCCUGCAAGGACGGAGUUCGACGUCCCAUGA